GUAAUGAUACGUUGGACGUCUCUGGAACUCCACUAAUGUACAGUGUUGUCUAUGAAGCAGCACAGCAAGUGAAGAACCCAAACCCCAAGGAGAUUCAAGCUGGACGAUCCACGGUCUUUGAUACUUGGUUAUACAACCAACCUUUGAACUUCUCACAAGGAGACAAGACAGCGGUUCCCAGUAUCAGGGCUCCUGGUUCAGGCUCCGAUCACGCCCCUUUACUACAGAAAGCUGGAAUAACCGUCGUUGACAUAGAAUACAGAUAUGGUUCUAAAUACCAGAUGUCACAAUAUCCACUGUACCACACUGAAUAUGAGACGUUUGAUUUAGUCAAGCAACAGGUGGACAGAAACUUUGAGUUCCACGCUGCUGUUGGCCGAGUAGGCGCUGAGAUAGCUCGACAUUUGGCAGACUCCCGCAUCCUGCCACUCAACGUGACCAACUACGCUGCAGGGCUGGAGAAUUGUCGUCUGACACUACAUCGUGACUUUGGAACACUGCUAGAAGAGAAUCUUGGAUUAGACACCUAUAAUAAAUUGGAAUCUGUUAUAAAAGGCUUUGCCCAAGAUGCAUCUCGGUUUGAAGCCUUGCUAGAAAAUGUGGACAAAACUAACCCGUACGCCCUGCGUGAGAUCAACGAUAAACUGCUGUUACUAGAGAAAGCUUUCCUGCACCCAGAUGGUUUACCGGCCAGGCCACUGAAGAA